CAUACGCCAUCUUUUAUUGAAGUUUUACAACAGCUGCGAAUGAAAAGCGAAAACUCAUUUCUCCUCUGACGGCAAAAAUCGAAGGUGUGUAAAAUUUUAUACGAGGCUUUAAAGUGCUAAUAGUAUAAUUAUUGAAACCGCAAGGAUUUUCCGUAGAGGAUUUGCAAGAGAACGCGUUCAGUAUAAAAUUAUUCAAUAUCAAAUAUUUGAUAGAUACUUCAUAAGUUCUCUACACCAUUCGUCGUGAAGCGUCGCGGCUCUGCGCUGUUCCCCGCUGAGUGUCGCUCGAAAAGACGGUUCACAGUCUUCGGUAGGCGUUAACGUCUGCCAAAUUAUAAGCGACCUCUGUGAAGAAAUAAUUCAAGAGAUCAACAUAAAUAUAACCGUCUAAAAUGUCUGAAUCAGUUGAUGGAGAUAGCGAAGCUCAGGAUUUAGAUGCUUUAAUGCAUUCUAUACACAAGGAAAUUACGCUUUGUCUGUCUGAUGAACUAGAUACUGCUAAGCAGGAAUCACCAAAAAUCAAUCCAGAUGAAGCUGUUAAUUCUGCCGAAAUGGAAAAUAACCUAUACUACUUGGAUGAAGGUGGAAAUAUAUACCUAACGUUGAACUCGGAAAAUACUUCAGAUACUGCAUGUAGUCAAAAAAGAAUUGUUCAACCUGAAUUAGAAGCCGAACCAAAGCGCAAGGCUAAAUGCACGAAGGAUGGACUGGUAUAUUUAAAAAAUUCAAAGGUAAAAGCUAAAUCGGAAGAAGACGUCGAUGAUCCAAAUGAUGAAAUCUAUGAGUUCGAUGAGCUGGAGGAACCAACUGGAUCGCAAGAAGGUCAGGAGAUGUUGUUAACGAAAGUCAUACCUGUUAAAGCAACAGAUUCUGUUCAAACGAUUACGCAUAAGUGCCCACAUUGUAUUUAUCGAACACAUAAACGAUACAUGUUAUCCCGCCAUAUGAGAUCCCAUUCGGACGACCGUCCGUACAUUUGUUCAAUGUGCGAUCGUGGCUUCAAGACGAAUAUCACAUUACAAAAUCAUAGGAAUGUGCAUCUAGGAAAUAAGCCGCAUCCGUGUUUGUCGUGUGAGAGUCGCUUUACCACAGCUGGAGACUUGGCCAGGCACGUUCGAUACAAGCAUACCUUCGAAAAGCGUCAUAAGUGCACUGAGUGUGAUUAUGCUACCGUCGAAAUGAGUAAGUUACGGCGCCACAUUCGUGCGCACACUGGUGAACGUCCAUACCAGUGCCCUCAUUGCACCUACGCUUCGCCGGACAGUUUUAAACUGAAACGACAUUUGCGCACACACACCGGCGAGAAACCCUACGAAUGUGAUAUCUGCCAAUCCCGGUUUACACAAUCGAACUCACUUAAGGCUCACAAACUUAUACACAGCGUGGAUGACAAGCCCGUCUUCCAGUGUGCGCUAUGUCCAACGACAUGCAGCCGUAAAUCGGACCUGCGGAUUCACGUACAAAAGCUGCACUAUUCUGAUACGCCAAUUAUAUGUAAAAGGUGCGGCAAGGAUUUGCCCGAUCGGUAUAGCUACAAGAUGCAUGUUAAAACUCAUGAAGGAGAACGUUGUUACAGUUGUGACCAGUGCCACUACAAAUCGAUUUCCACGCGAAAUCUGGAAAUGCAUAAACAAAUUCACAGCGAUGAAAAGCCAUUUGAGUGUGAUAAAUGUGGACAAACCUUCCGACAGAAGCAGCUACUUGGGCGUCAUAUAAAUAUUUAUCACAAUGAAAAUUACGUACCACCUCCAAGGCUUGAGAAGACACAUCACUGUCCAUAUUGUACGCGUGUAUUUGCCCAUAAGGGUAAUAUGGUACGGCACAUGCAGUUGCAUGAUGUUGCUGAGGAGAAAGGCAAGAAUGAAAUAAAAGUUAAAGUUGAAACCGAGCACGGGGAAAAUAUAUUAAAUUUCGAAGAUUCCUAUAUCGACGAGGAAGAUGAAACAAACAGCGUUGAAAACUUUGAAGAGUAUGAAAUAAUCGAGGAAAUAGAAGAAGCAGAAGGCGACAUAACUAUAGAAACAUUGGAGCCCACUACUAGCAAAUCACACAACGUAAGGAGUGCCAAAAUAGUGAAACCAAAACAGGAGCAAGUAAAAGAAAAUAAGUAUGGUAUAAAAAUAGAAAAUGAAUUUGAAGCAAUAGAUGAGGAUGACGAGAGUGGUUUGCCUGGUUAUAUGGUCGUAAAAGUAAUGCAAAGUGACGAUGAAUUAGAGGAUGACGGUGAUGAUUGUGUUAUUUUAACUAACUUGGAAAACGUAAAACCGACAGAUAAUAAUGAAAACAAGGGGGAUGCUGCAAAUUGUUUCGGCUUCAAGCUCGAAGAAGGCGAAGAUGAUGAUGAAUUUGAGGAAGCUGUUUUUCUGAACAUAGUCGAAGAAAAUUAAUGUAUUUAAGAAGUUCUACUUUAUUUUUAGCUGCUUUGAAGUACAUGUAUGUGCAUACAUAAGUAUCCAUAUGUACGGUGACGAACAAAAGUAUUGGUACAGAGAAUUUUUCGCAAUAUAUGCAAAGUUUUUUCAUUCU